AUGAUACGCGUCCGUUCUCAGAAUAGUGGAGUCGGCUUUUAUAAGAGGUGCAGUAUUGACUUGAGCAGCACCCACCUGCUAUGCUGCCUAUUAAGACUAUAG